AUGGAUCGCCUCGCCGCUACGGAAGGCGUCGAGCCGCACGACAGCUACUCCCGGAUGGAGCCGUUCUCCGCCAGCGAGACGGCGAUCGAGCGGGACCUCCGGCUCCGGAUACGGGACUUUUACCGAACCAGCGACCGGCGCGACCAGGACGAGCGCUGGCUCGAUUUCUACACCCCCGGCGCGAGGGCCAAGGUCGGGGCUCAGGAGGGCGAGACGCGUGAAAACAUCCGGCAACUACGCACGGCGAUGUGGAGCACCGUGUCGGCCAGGAAGCACUGGCUCACAAGCGUGGUCGGCUCAGCUACCGAGAAGGGGGUGCACGUCAUGUUGAGGGGGGGAGUAAGGCGCAAGGGGCUGGACGGGAGCGAGGACGUGUUCAGCUGGGCAGGUAGCGCAGAGUGGGUGAGGCAGGACGGGGAAUGGCGGAUGGAUGCAUAUCGAGUCUGGCUCGACCCGUGGACUGAGAUCGAGGGCGAGCUGCCUGCUGUGUCGCACUUCUGA